AUGGCAUUAUCCACAACCCUAGGAAUGAUAUCCGCGCCCUGGUUAUUACCUAGCGUAUUAUUUAUUAUUUUGGCCUGCAAAUGGAUCUAUAAUAUAUUUUUCCAUCCGUUAGCCCGCGUUCCUGGCCCCAAGAUCGCAGCCUGUACGUCACUGUGGUUAGCGUACCACACAUAUAUCGGCGAUGAGUGCACGGUUGUGUUUGACUUACACCGCAAAUACGGCCCUGUACUACGCGUCGCGCCUAACGAUGUCGACAUUGCCCAUGGGGAUGCCAUCGAGCCGAUUUAUCUAGCUCGCGGCGGCUUCGCGAAAUCUCCAGUAUACUCAAAGUUCGACAUUGACGGCCACGCCACGAUUUUCUCAACACUGACACUCCCCGAACGAGCGGAUAGGGCUAAGUCCGUCGCACCACUCUUUUCAACCGCGUCACUUCGGCAGUCGGACCACGUCUUGUCGGGGGUUUUCGAUGACUUCGUAGCCCGGUUGCGGCGAGAAGCUACAAAGGGAAAGCCUGUCAAUGUCCUCAACGUGUCGCGUUGCAUGGCGAUUGACGCGGUAAGCGCGUAUCUCUUCCAGCAACGUUACGGGGCUCUCGGGGAAGACUCGCGGGUAAUGUCGGUCUCCCCAUUUGUGGACGCGUACGUCGGCGUCGGCGCAUUCUUCAACCUAAUUCCCGGGAUAAUUGGAGAUCUUGUGGUGAGGAUCGCUGAGCGACUCAUGUCAACCGAAGUCACAGAGAAUGCUUUCAAGCUAAUGGACAGCUAUACCGGCCAGCUUGUCAAGGUCGCAAGGCCGAAAAGUGGAAGUUAUCAGAGCCGCUUGUUGGAAAAGCAAUCGGCCAUUCAGUCACAAAUUGAAGUGAAGGACGUCUGUUUUGCUGGGACAGACUCAACCAGUAUGAACACUGCUACAACCAUGUGGUAUCUUGCGAAAUACCCCGAAGUCUAUAAUCGUCUACAAGAGGAAGUCCAAAACGCAACCAACAAGGGCGAAGAUCCGGCUCUCUGCAGCUACCUACGCGGAACUGUCCGAGAAGGACUUCGUUUGUCGUGGGCGAACCCAAUUCGACUACCACGCACAGUACCCGCUGGAGGAUGGAACUAUCAUCAAUACAGCUUUCCUGCUGGGACAAGCGUGGGGGUUGCCUCGUUCCAGCUUCAUCAAGACAGGACUGUCUUCCCAGAACCACUGAGUUUCAUGCCUGAACGGUGGUUGAAACCUACAAAUGAGAUGCUUAACCAUUUCUUUUCGUUUGGGAAAGGCACCAGAGCCUGCAUUGCACAGAACCUGGGAACUUUGGAAGUCACAAGUGCGAUUUUGAGAGUUGUCCAAGCUGAUCUGCUUCGCGGAUCUAGAGUAGUUGGUCAUAGUGGGAUCCGUAUCAAAGAGUGGUUCAAUUCCAGAGUGGAGGGGGAAGAAAUUCUGAUCCAACUAAGCCCUGACAUUGCUACGUCUUGA